AUGGCGAACAGCAAUCAAAAUACUAAUUCAAAAUACAAAUCUUUCACUGGACACACAAAUGGGUGCGCGCAGCAAAAUCCAGUCCUAAUGGCGAAUGUGUACGAACGUUCACCGGGGGAAGAGGUAUGGGACGACAGCUGGCAUGGCAUCCAGACGGUAAUCUGGUGGCAUCCAGACGUUUGCGCCGUCGCUUUCUCUCCACAUGGUAGACAUUUUGCUUCCGCGGGCGAGGAUCGACAGUUGCUCGUUUGGAAAUCUAAUUUGCAUACAUUUGAUGCCAAUAGCUCUCGCAACAAACAAGCCAGUUCUCAAAGAGUCCAAAUUGAUUUUAGUCAUGCAACUGCUCCACAUAACUCCGCCAUAGACACACCAGUUGCUGGAGUACCAAAAAGCUGUGAUGAAGGUAUUUUAAUUGAUCCACGACAAUCGGUGGCAUAUGGAAUGCGUGAUGGAAAUUUUCUGGUGCUUGAUAGCCAACAUACUACAAGAGAGCCAUCUCCAAGCAACUUUACCACACCACACCGUCAACAACAAGAGUCGUUAGAUAAAGUAGAAACAUACGCUUCUGCUGAUAGCAUCAGUAACAUAAGCAACAGCAGUACCUCGUUUCUACACAUGCCAAACAAAAGUAACAACAGCGAUGGCCAGAGAACAUCAAGCAAAUAUUUUUAAUAUUCAUUUUUGCUUAUCUUAAGAUUUCGUUUGCGCUUAACUGCUUGGAAGGCUGCUGAUGCUGCUGAUGACUCUUCAUAGAAAAUGCAUUGUUUUUAAUUCAUUA